CCGUGGCCGCGAGGGAGGGGAGGGACGGCUAGGCGCGCACGCCCCCGCGGCGCGGGCCGCCAUGGCCUCCUUCUCCGCGGGGCAGGCGGUGCAGGUCUACUCGAACUCCAUACCCGCGUCGGUGCCUGGGUGGACGCGCGCGUCCUGGACGUCCUGGAGGACGCCACGGUGCGCGUGCAGUACGGCAUGUCGCAGAAGGUCGUCCGCCCCGAGUUCCACGCCGCCCUGCUGAGGCAGAGGUCCGAGGCGUCGUCGCCCAGCAGGCCUGCCAGGUACCUGCUGGGCCAGGCCGUGGAGGUCUUCUCGAAGUCCGGGAACCGCUGGGUCCCCGCCCGCGUGCGGGAGGUGCUCGCGGACGGCGCUCUCCACGUGCAGUACGCCGACGCGCAGCAUCUCUUCAAGGUGGUGCCGCCGCACCUGCAGGCCGGCGCCCUGCGGGCGGCGGGCGGCGCCCCAGCCGCGGCCCCGGAGGACGGCUGGCCUUGCCAGCUCUGCACCUUCCAGAACCCGGAGCGGGAGGGCAGCUGCCAGGUCUGCCUCGCGCCUCGCGGGCUCGAGCCGGGAGGCGGCGGUGGCGGCGGAGCCGAGGCCGAGGGGGCGCCGCGCUUCGAGCCGCCGCCGGGCCCGGACGACGCGUGGGCCUGCCCGCGCUGCUCCGCCAAAACGCCAGGGGCUGCCCGCAGUGCGAGAUCUGCGACUCCCGCGCGCCGGCCGCGGGCGAGCCGGCCGCCCUGCACCCCUCGGAGCGGGCCCGGGGCAGCGGGGCGGUGGCCGCCGCCGCGGGCGAGGCGGGCCACCGCGCGGAGGCGGGCGAGGGAGAGCUGGACUGCGCGGAGGAGGCGUCGCAGCAGCUCCUGGCGCGGGCCACCACCUAUCGCCACGAGCCCCCUCGGACGCCCCCCCGCGGCGCGCCCCCUGCGCGCGGCCCGGGGGCGGCCGGCGGCAGCGGGCGCCACGCAGCCGGGCCGAGGGCCGCACGCUCGCGGUCGCGGUCGCCCCGGGCAGGCGCAGUGGCGGAGGGCCCGCUGGACCUCCUGGAGGUGCCCGCCUCCGUGCGCUCCGCUCUGGGCCUGGUCGAGGUGGCGGCCUCCGCGCGCUCGGGCGCCCGCCCCGGCCCCGCCGCGCCGGCGCUCUGGCUGCCCCGCUCGCUCUGCGACAGGCUGUGGACGUACCAGAAGGAGGGCGCGGCGUGGAUGUGGGACCUCUACCACGCGCGCCAGGGGGGCGUGCUGGCCGACGAGAUGGGGCUCGGGAAGACGGUGCAGGCCUGCGCCUUCGUGCAGGCGGCCCGGGCGGCCGGGGCGAGGCACGCCCUGGUGCUCGUGCCCGUGA